CACACUUGUGAAAUGUCUUCAUAAGUCUGUCAACACAUAGCCAUAAGGUCCCAUUUACCUACCACUGCUCUUUUAGCAAUUUCUAAUGAAUUACCAUAAGUGUUCCAAAAUGUGCCCAAACUACUUAUUUUUGCUGGUUUGCAUUAUCCUGAAAAGUGUGCAAGUAUUUUGAUAGAAUGAAUAUGGUAUUUUGAACUUAGCUUGACUUGUAUUAGAAGUAGAAUCUCAUGUGACCAUCCCCACUAUCUAUAAACAGUAUAUUCAAAACUCUUAUCAGAACCAGCAUAUAAACAAUUACUUAUAAUCAUUUUUUGUUCCAUGCAAAAAUGUCUGCAAAACGUUAUAUAUUUGCCAUAUGGACUGAUGAAACAGAAGAACUUGCAAUACGAACAUUUUUAGAGCAUUGUGGCAUCACUGUGAAAGAAGCUGGUAUUGCAGAUUUAAAGCAACAUUUGGAAAGUGAAAAUAGUGAACAAUCAAGCCAACCAGUCGAGACUAAAACUGACAUGGAUGUAGACAGUGACGAUAAUGAUCCAUUGGGCCCUCCGAUAUUUCCACCAGUAUUGGGUACUGAUGAAUGCCCACAUUGUUUUUGUGCCCCGUGUUGCACAUCAGAACAGUUUAGACAGUUGUGGUGGCAAACAGAAACCAGUGAGCCUCAUGAAAGGAAUUCAACAGCUAGAAAAAAAUGUUACAAAAAAUUCUGGGUGAUGCUGCAACAUAGAGGUGCAUGGAGGCACCCUCGAUAUGUUUCAAAAAAACAAUUGGCACUGCAGACGGAUGCGAGGAGAAACUUAUAUGUAUAUCAUGGACACAGAAGAGACAUCAUGCCAGAUUGUAUAGUAAGACUUGUGCGUGGAUGGCUCCCCAAUCCUGGAGGAAUUGAUUAUAUGGGACAUCUAUGGGAUUAAUGACUAUACACCAAACUUUGCAGAAAUGAAAACAAUAUACUAGAUAUAAUUGAUGAACAAUUAUAACCUAAAUAUCUACAAUGAAUUGUUCAAUAAUCAAUGAUGUUUGGGAAAUUAGGAUAUAUAAAUAUAAAUGAAUGAAUCAUAGCAACAAAAUGCCAUGUGCUUGUGUUUAUAAAUAACCCAUUACUGCUAAGCCACAUCCCCUGCUAACAGCUGAUUGGCUGUUUGUUAUCUGGUAGGCAUUUCACAUGUUACAUAAGACACCCGGGUGUAUCCAUUAACUGAAGUUUUCCUCUUUAAAGC